AUGGAAACCGUUCGCGCCGCCUUUUCCGACCGCUCGCGGCCCAUCCUCUCCUACGGGAUCCCCUUCCCCGCCGCCGCCGCCCACCACGUGCAAGAAACCUUCCAUGCCGAGCGCGUCUACGUGAUUUGCUCGAGGUCACUGGCGCGCAACACCGACGUGCUGGAUCGGAUGCGUCAGGCCCUGGGACCCGACAGGCUCGUCGGCGUCCGCGUCGGCAUGCAGAGUCAUACCCUGUGGUCCGAGGUGUUGGAGAUCGUGCAUGAUGUGCGCCGUGUACAGGCGGACCUUCUGAUUACUGUUGGAGGGGGCAGUUUGACAGAUGGGGCGAAGGUUAUUGCUUUGGCCCUCGCCAACUCCGUCUCCACCACAUCCGACCUCUCCACCCUCGCCGUGGGACCCGACCAGCGCCUCGAUAUCCAUGCGCCCCAGAUCCCCAUCAUCUCCGUUCCGACGUCUCUAUCCGCCGGCGAAUACUCGAACUUCGCCGGCGCCACGGACGACGCCUCGAAGCGGAAGCACGCAUUUCAGGCCCCGCUGAAAGGCCCGGAGCUGAUCAUCCUCGACCCGGCGCUGACGACCACCACGCCGGAGCGGAUCUGGUUGAGCACGGGCGUGCGUGCCGUCGACCACUGCGUCGAGACGUACGUGGCCGUGUCGGAGUCGACGAGUGAGAAGACUGAUGCCCUGGCCCGUCAUGCCCUGAGCCUGCUCGUGCCGUCGCUGCUGCGGUGUAAGCGUGAUCCGGGCGAUUUGGAGGCUCGCUUGUCGUGCCAGUUGGGGUCCGUGGAUGCUAUGGCGGCGUGCACGAGUGGGGAGGCGGUGCAGUUGGGUGCUAGUCAUGGGAUUGGUCAUCAGCUCGGUCCCCUCGGCGUCGGCCACGGCGAAACAAGCUGCAUUCUCCUCCCAGCCGUAUGCAAGUACAACGCCACGCACAACGCCAACAACGAGCGCCAGGACCGUCUGCGUCGUUUCCUAGUCGAAGACCCCACGGUGGCGGGAUCCCUGAAGGAUCACGGCGUCGACGGCCAGCAGGCCAAUCUGGCCGACGUGUUGGACGUGGUGAUCCGUGAGUUGGGAAUGCCACGCUCGCUGAAAGAGGUCGGGGUGGGAGCCGAGCAGCUCGAUACGCUGGCGGCUAACAGUUUGCAUGACCACUGGUGUCAGACGAACCCUGUGCCGUUGACCAAGAAGGAGCAGGUGCUGGACAUCUUGAGCUUGGUGGUGGGCUAA